GCUAGCUGGUCUUCCAGUGCACUUCCAUGAGCCACAGCCCCCAAAGCAUUAGUGCACAGAGUGGAAAAUGACCCGAGUUGGCAGCAAGAGCCUGAUCUUGGCAGCUUCGUUAGCAGCUCUGCUGCUCUGCCUCUUUGACACAUCUCAAGCAGCUAGCACCUUUGAUUGCUGCCUCCAGUAUACAGAACAUUCUAUCUCAAGUAAAUUGAUCAAAGGCUAUGCAGAACAGCGGUCAUAUGAAGCCUGUGACAUCGACGCCAUCAUCUUUUAUACUAGACGAUACUCUGUGUGUGCUGAUCCAAAGGAACCAUGGGUGAAACGUACCCUCAAGAUUUUAAGUAAAAGACUCAAGAAGAUGUCAAAGUAAUUGAAAUGGAACUGGAAAGAAGACCAAAAGGCAAAAGAACCUAAACUAGGUUGGAAGUUCUUCCUGCACCUCAUUGUGUGCUUGUCAUCUAUUUAAUGUGGAUAUCAUUGGAUCUAUCCAAUUGGUGAAGUUGAUUCAUAUUGCAUCAUAGUUUUGCUUUUUAAAGCAUCAUAUAAAAGCUUGACAUUUUCUUUUAUGUUGUUGUAUUUAUAGAUAGUUUAUGUGCCCAUUAAAUGUUUGGCAUUUAGAACUUUUCACAACUUGGCCCUGAUCUAUUUUUUCAAUCUGUGGUCUAGCCAAACUGUCAUUCUUGCCAUUCCUCACACACAACACUCAAUCUCUGUUCUCCACACUUUGCCACAAGCUGUUCCUCAUGCCUGGAAUGCACUUCUUCCUCACUUCCACUGCUUGGAAACUCUAAGUUCCCUUCAAAGCUCAACUCAAGGGCUACCUUCUAGAUGAAGUUGUUCCUGAGUCACCCAGAAACACCUGCCUCCCCUCCCCCAAUCUGUAUUUAUUUUUCAUAUAAUUGUACAUGUACAUGUUGUCUUCCUUGAUAGAAUGUAAGUCCCUUGUGGACAAGGGCUGUUUCCUAGCACCUAGUGUAGUAGCUGGCACAUAGUAGGUGCUUAAUAAGACUAUAUUGCAGUA